CUCCACAAACCAACGGCGUCCAAAAGCAUGUUUUUAACGCGUCCGCCGGCCACGCGCCUCUAGAUGUGCACCCGCGCGCGUAAGAAGCCUCUCCAUUCAGCAGCACUCCAUCUCGCUCCUGAGAAGAAAUACCCAUUUUUUCCGCGCUGUUUUUGGCUGUUAAAUGUUGAAGCUUGAAUGGCUGGAGCUCAACCUGGCGUUCACGCGCUUCAACUCAAGCCGGUGCGCGUGUCCGAGAGCCUGAAGAGAGGCAGCAGAUUCAUGAAAUGGGAUGAGGACUCUUCAACAGUGACACCAGUGACGCUACGUGUGGAUCCUCAGGGCUAUUUCCUGUACUGGACUGAUCAGAACAAGGAAACUGAUCUGCUGGACAUCAGCUACAUUAAAGAUGCCAGAACGGGGAAAUGCACCAAAACGCCAAAGGAAGCAAAGCUCCGGGAGCUCCUGGAUGUGGGGAAUCUGGUGGGACGGAUAGAGAACCGGAUGCUGACGGUGGUGACGGGACCCGACAUGGUCAACAUCCAGUACCUGAACUUCAUGGCCUUCCAAGAAGACGUGGCCAAGGAGUGGGCAGAUGAGCUGUUUAGUCUGGCCUCAAACCUGCUGGCUCAGAACAUGUGCAGAGAGUCCUGUCUGGAGAAAGCCUUCACAAGACUCAAGCUGCAGACAAACCAAGAGGGUCGAAUCCCAGUGAAAAACGUUUCCCGCGUGUUCUCCACGGACCGGAAGCGUGUGGAGACGGCGCUGGAGAGCUGUAAUCUGCCGUCCGGCCGGAACGACUCGAUCCCUUUGGAGGAUUUCACUUCUGAUGUUUACAAGCUGUUUAUCAGUCACUUGUGCCCGCGAUCUGAGAUUAACCAAAUAUUUGCUGACCUCGGAGCGAAGAGCAGAAACUAUCUGAGCAUGGAGCAGAUGACUGAGUUCAUCAAUAAUAAGCAGAGAGACCCUCGACUGAAUGAGAUCCUGUACCCGCCGCUGAAGUCCGACCAAACACACGCCCUGAUGGAGAAGUUUGAGCCCAACACAGAGUUCAUUCAGAAAGGGCAGAUCUCGGUGGAGGGCUUCUCCAGAUAUCUGAUCGGUGAAGACAACAGCGUCAUCCCUCCAGAAAAACUGGACCAGAGUGAAGACAUGACCUUCCCUCUGUCUCAGUACUUCAUCAACUCAUCCCACAACACAUACCUCACAGCGGGUCAGUUAGCGGGGAACUCUUCAGUGGAGAUGUACCGGCAGACUCUUCUGUCUGGCUGUCGGUGUGUAGAGCUGGACUGCUGGAAGGGCCGGACAGCGGAGGAGGAGCCCGUCAUCACACACGGCUUCACCAUGACCUCUGAGAUCUCCUUCAAGGAAGUGAUUGAAGCCAUAGCAGAUUGUGCAUUUAAAACGUCUCCGUUUCCCGUCAUUCUGUCCUUCGAGAAUCAUGUGGACUCCCCCAAACAGCAAGCCAAAAUGGCAGAGUACUGCCGGUCCAUCUUCGGGGACGCUUUACUGACCGAGACGCUGGAGAAAUAUCCGCUGGAGUCUGGAGCUCCUCUACCCAGCCCUCAAGAGCUCAUGGGCAAAAUCCUCAUAAAGAACAAGAAAUCUCACCCCAAAGCGGCCGAUGGCAGCACCAAGAAGAAGCUGUCUGAGCAGGCGUCCAACACCAACAGCGACUCGUCUAGCGUUUUUGAGCCAUCUUCUCCCAGCGCUGGCCCUGCAGCUCCUGCAGAAGUAGAGGCUGAGGAGGAUGAGGAUGAAGACGAUGAUGAUGAUGACUGUAAGAAGUCCAUGGACGAGGGCACAGCCGGAUCUGAGGCGUUUGCUACAGAAGAAAUGUCCACUCUGGUCAACUACAUCCAGCCCACAAAGUUCCACUCAUUCGAGGUCUCCAAGAAAAGCAAGCGCAGUUAUCAGAUGUCAUCUUUUGUGGAGACCAAAGCUCUGGAGCAUCUGACUAAGACCCCGGUGGAGUUUGUGGAAUAUAAUAAGUUCCAGCUGAGCAGGAUUUAUCCUAAAGGCACGCGUGUGGACUCCUCAAACUACAUGCCGCAGGUCUUCUGGAACGCCGGCUGUCAACUCGUGGCUCUGAACUUCCAGACCAUCGAUCUGUCUAUGCAGCUCAAUCUAGGCAUGUAUGAAUACAACGGCAAGAGUGGAUACAGACUGAAACCGGAGUUCAUGAGGAGACCAGACAAACACUUUGACCCCUUCACAGAGAGCACGGUGGACGGCAUCGUGGCCAACACACUAUCAGUCAAGAUCAUAUCUGGUCAGUUUCUGACUGACAGGAAGGUGGGCGUUUAUGUGGAGAUUGACAUGUUUGGACUUCCAGUCGACACGAGACGAAAAGCAUUCAAGACAAAGACGUCCCAGAGCAACGCCAUCAACCCGGUGUGGGAUGAGGAGCCCAUUGUCUUCAAGAAAGUGGUGUUGCCCACGCUGGCAUCUCUGAGGAUCGCAGUGUUUGAGGAAGGAGGAAAGUUCAUUGGUCAUCGCAUCAUCCCCGUCUACGCCAUCCGCCCUGGUUAUCGUUACAUUGGUUUGAGAAAUGAGAAGAAUCAAGGGCUCACUCUUCCUGCUUUAUUCGUCUAUAUCGAGGUGAAAGACUACGUGCCUGAUACAUUCGCUGAUGUGAUUGAAGCGCUGUCCAACCCCAUCAGAUACGUCAACCUGAUGGAGCAGAGAUCCAAACAGCUGGCGGCGCUUACACUGGAGGAGGGAGAGGAGGAGAAGGACACCAGAGAGGCGGAUUCGGGUGUUGAAAACCCAUCUGAGGUGAAAACUGAACCCAAACCAGCUCCGGUUGAGAAUGGAUUAAGUCACGCGCCCAGCGCUGCUCCAAAACCUGCAUCCCAGAUCAGCACACAGCCUCAGUCCACCGGCUCAACAAAACCAGCAGCAAAGACUGAAGAUCUGAUCCAGAGCGUCCUCACCGAGAUGGAGGCUCAGAGUGUGGAGGAGCUCAAACAGCAGAAAGGAUUCGUGCGCGAGCAGAGGCGACACUAUAAAGAGAUGAAGGACCUGGUGAAGAAACACCACAAGAAAACCACAGAGAUGAUCAAGGAGCACACGGCCAAAUACAACGAGAUCCAGCAUGAGUAUCUGCGCAAGCGCUCCGUCCUGCAGAAAUCUGCCAAACGAGACGGUAAGAAGAGGUGUCUGUCCUCCAGUCCUGAGCACGGGCCGUCAUUCUUCGAGCAGGAGCUUCUUCAUCUGGAUCAGGACAGCGCACAGAAGCUGGCGGAGCUGAAGGAGCAGCAGCAGCAGCAGCUCCUCAACCUGCGGCAGGAGCAGUACUACAGCGAGAAAUACCUCAAGAAAGAGCACAUCAAACAGGUGAUUGAGAAGCUGACAUGCAUCGCGGAGGAGAGUCAGAGCGGUCAGAUGAAGAAGAUCAAGGAGCUCUGCGAGAAAGAGAAGAAGGAGCUGAAGAAGAAGAUGGACAAGAAGAGGCAGGAGAAGAUCAGUGAAGCAAAGUCUAAAGAGAAACACCUGACAGAGGAAGAGAAGCUGGAGAUCAACAGGUCGUAUGUAAAUGAGGUGGUCCAGCACAUCAAGAGGCUUGAAGAUGCUCAGACUAAAAGACACGAGAAGUUGCUGGAAACACAUAAGAACAUCCUACAGCAGAUAUUAGAUGAGAAACCCAAGCUCCAGAAUGACCUGGAUCAGGAAUACCAGGAUAAAUUCCGGCGGCUUCCACUGGAGAUCCAGGAGUUUGUGCAAGAAAGCACUAAGAGAAAGACUGAGGAUGGAGAUGCGGAGAUGCUUCCCUCGUCCUCCACACUGGAAAAACUCACACAGUCAGAGGACGACACCGAGGAGGAGAAGAAAGACUGAAAGACAGAUGAAGAUUUCUGCUCCUCUGUUGAUGACCAGGAAAAAGAAAGCAGAUCUUCACUGUAGAACCAUCAGUUUUCUGUAAAGGUGCACUGAGACAAUAUUGGCAAACCAUACGGAUGUUUAAGAGCAGCUAAUCAAGCACGCCCAUAACCCAACAGGCUAUGCCCCCUUUUGAUAUGUUCUAUCAUUACUAGACACGCCCACUUACUGCUGAUUGGCUGUGUUUUGGGACACUGUGGUCAAAUAUUACUCAGUGCACUUUUAACGGGAGAAGCUCACAAACACACGUCCUGAUCAAAAUCAGCUGUCACUGACCAAAAAAUGUAAAAAUAAACAAACAAAUCUGGGUCAUAUUUCACCUCGAAUAUACAUGUCCAUUAGAGAAAAUCAUUCAGGAUUUAGGAAUUUUAUUUAUGAGUUUUGCACUUAGUUAAUUGUAAUAUUCAGCGGCCACUUUAUUAGGUACACCUGUCCAACUACUAGUUAACACAAAUUUCUUUUCAGCCAAUCGCAUGGCAGCAACUCAAUGCAUUUAGGCAUGUAGACAUGGUCAAGGCGAUCUGCUGCAGUUCAAAUUGAGCAUCAGAAUGGGGAAGAAAGGGGAUUUAAGUGGCAUGGUUGUUGGUGCCACGGGCUGCUCUGAGUAUUUCAGAAACUGCUGAUCUACUGGGAUUUUCACACACAACCAUCUCUAGGGUUUACAGAGAAUGGUCAGAAAAAGAGAAAAU